UAAAAGUAGAGUUAAUAAUCAAAUUACAGAUGGCAUUAAGAUUCUCAGCAAUAGCAUCAUCAAGUCUAGUACGUCGUCGAUUGCCCAUAGUAGGCGCCUUCUGCGUUCUUACUUUUGGUCUCUCUAAUUUUUCAAUACAAAGUUUUACUAAAACCGGUUCUGCUCUCUCGCUUCCCUUUCCCCCUCUCUUACGGUCGAAAUUAAGACAGAGUACGAGUGUUAGCAAUAGCAUCAGAAUGGAAGGAAGCAACAAGAUUGUUCCCAGCAUUGUUGUCUAUGUCACUGUUCCUAACAAAGAAUUGGGUAAGAAACUAGCAGGGAGCAUAGUCAAGGAGAAACUUGCAGCAUGUGUUAAUCGAGUACCAGGCGUCGAAUCAGUUUACGAGUGGGAAGGAGAGGUACAGACUGAUUCUGAGGAGCUGCUUAUAAUCAAGACCAGGGAAUCCCUUUUGGAAGCUCUUACAGAGCAUGUGAAGGCCAACCAUGAAUAUGAUGUUCCUGAAGUGAUUGCCAUGCCCAUAGUUGGUGGCAGCCCCCAGUACCUAGAAUGGCUCAAGAACAGCACUAGGGAGAAAUGAUUAAGCCAAGACAGGCUUGUUCAACUUUAGCCUGUAGUUAUGUUGGACAAUGUCCCUUGCUCCCAUGUCUAGCGCUUAUCACAGACAAAUACUAAUGUUUAUUUCGUGUUUUUGUCUAAUAGUUAUUACUCAAAAACAGUCAAACUGUGUGGGUAGUCCUGAACUUGAUACGAGCUCUCAUAUCUAUCUCAAUAAUAUCUUAAAUGCCUGUGUUAUUUAUGGCAUUGCUUGUUGUAUUCCA